AUGGCGUACAGGAAACGCCAUGCGGAAGAAUCCCUCGACGAACUUGUAGGCGUCGACUCGCCCGCAUCGAAGCGGUCGAGAACCGUUGACUCGCUGCUAUCCAAUGGAUCGAUCGAUCAGAACGGGCAAGAUGCGAGGGAAAGGGAGGAGGCAGCAACACCUACAAACGGCGAUACAGAGACGGAAAGGAAGCAAGACGAUGCGGAGGACGUGAGCGACAUUGAUGGGGAGACACCCGCGCGGGCCCCAAUCCGUCAGUCCGCCCCAACAGAUGGUUACGACGACCUAUACCUUGACACGAUAGACCGUAACGUCCUCGAUUUCGACUUCGAAAAGCUCUGUUCCAUCAGCUUAUCCAACAUCAACGUAUACGCCUGUCUAGUAUGCGGCCGUUACUACCAGGGCCGCGGCCCCAAAUCUCACGCCUAUUUCCACGCCCUGGAUGAGAACCACCAUGUCUUCAUUAACAUGCAGACACAAAAAGUCUACGUGCUGCCGGAGGGUUAUGAGGUCAAGUCGAAAUCUCUAGACGACAUCAAAUUCGUCUCGGAUCCGCGAUACACCAAGCAAGAAGUCGCCGCGAUCGACCGCCCCCCGCUGCGCGCGUCCUUCACGCUGGCAGGCAAGGAAUACGCCCCAGGUUUCGUUGGCAUGAACAAUCUCAAGGAGAACGACUACCUUAACGUCAUUGUCCAAGCACUGGCACACGUCGCUCCUCUUCGUAAUUUCUGUUUACUGGAAGAUCUCUCGGCGCGCUCCGAGUUGGCGAAGCGGUUUGGCAUUCUCGUCCGGAAGAUCUGGAACCCUCGCGCUUUUAAGGCCCAUGUUUCACCACACGAGUUACUACAAGAGAUUUCGCUCUUGUCGAACAAGCGCUUCACACUGACGGCACAAUCGGACCCCGUUGAGUUUCUGUCAUGGUUCCUUAACAACCUGCACCUCGGCCUGGGCGGCUCAAAGACUAAGCCAGGCAGCUCUGUUGUUCAGCGCAUUUUCCAGGGUAAGCUGAAGGUUGAGUCACAAGCUAUUACUGCUCGCGCCGAUGCUGGCGACCGUCUCCGCUUCGAAGACGCAGCCGUAUCAGUAACGUCGACGCGCUUCAUGUUUCUCACUCUCGACCUUCCCGCCGCACCUCUCUUCCAAGAUGAAUUGGAGAAGAACAUUAUCCCCCAGGUUCCUUUGACGACGAUUCUAUCGAAAUAUGACGGCAUUCAAGCCCAGGAGCACCUCGCCCAGCGCAAGCGCUAUCGCCUUCUCCACCCUCUACCCCCCUACCUCGUCUUCCACGUGAAGCGCUUCAGCCAGAACAAGUUCGUUUCGGAGCGUAAUCCGACCAUCGUCACCUUCGACCCGAACGGGCUCAACGUAAGCCCCUAUGUCGAGCCGAACCCGGCUGAGUGGCCACCCGGUGAGCCUAUCAUGUACGAUCUUGUCGCCAACGUCGUGCACGAGGCUGUUCGCGCCAAGGAGGACGUGGCCGACAGUGGCGAGGAGCGCAAGACGUGGAAAGUGCAAUUACGGGACAAGGGCCGCGACGAGUGGGUUUCGUGCCAAGACCUGUUUGUCGAGAAGGUGCAGAGCGAACUGCUGUAUCUGGGAGAGACGUAUCUCCAGGUUUGGGAGAGGAGGCGAACGCCAAAGAGUAAAGGGAAGGCUUAG